CUUCCGGGGCGUGGCUGCCGCGACGCGAUUGGGCUGCGGGCACGGGCUGCUCCUCCCCGGGGCCGGCUGCUCUCGGCCGCAGCCGCCUCGCUGGCAGGCUGGAGUCACGCCCGCCUCCGUAUCCACGAGAACAUCCUGUUCCUGUCAGCCGCGGGCUGGGCAGAGCCGGAGCGCGCCGUGCCAGGCCCAGCGCUGCCCGCGGGGAUGGGGACAGCGUCCCGCCUGCUCCUCCUCCUCCACAACCUGCUGCUGCUGCUGCUGCCGCCGCCCGGCGCCUUCGGAUUCGUUCCCUCCCUGGACAGCGACUUCACCUUCACGCUGCCCGCCGGCCGCAAGGAGUGCUUCUUCCAGCCCAUGCGGCAGGGCGCCUCGCUGGAGGUCGAGUACCAGGUUUUAGACGGAGCAGGAUUAGAUAUUGACUUUUACUUGGAAUCUCCAAAAGGUGAAAUUCUAGUUUUUCAUCAGAGAAAAUCAGAUGGAGUCCACACGGUGGAAACAGAAGAUGGAGAUUACAUGUUCUGCUUUGACAACACAUUCAGCACCAUUUCAGAGAAGGUGAUUUUCUUUGAAUUGGUCCUAGAUAAUAUGGGAGAAGGAGAACAAGAGGACUGGAAGAAGUACAUUACAGGCACAGACAUGUUGGAUAUGAAACUUGAAGAUAUUCUGGAAUCCAUCAACAAUGUCAAAGCCAGGUUAAGCAAAAGCCUCCAGAUUCAGACGCUGCUCAGAGCAUUUGAAGCUCGUGAUCGAAAUAUACAAGAAAGCAACUUUGACAGAGUGAAUUUUUGGUCCUUGGUCAACUUGGGAGUAAUGGUGGUGGUUUCAGCUGUUCAGGUUUACAUGCUGAAAAGUCUUUUUGAAGAUAAGAGGAAAAGCAGAACUUAACAGCAAGUGUGAUCAAAGCAAUAACCAGAGAGGAGGGGAAAAUGCAAUAAACUGCUACAGCAAAAGGGACUGGUGUUACCUUGCUGCUUGUUUUGAAUAGACAUUAUAAUCAGGUUCUUGAUUCACAUAUGACUAACAUGAACAGAAUACCUUUGCCCGCAUCCUUCCAUCUCUGCAAGUGUUACUAACAGUCUUACUGGUGCAUCUGUUUUGUUGGUUUGUUGCAUUUGUAAUGAUUCUUACUAGAUUAUGCAUAAUACACAGAAUGGUGGAUCAAAUGCAAACCAAUGUUAAUACCUGCCAGACAGUCAUCUUUUCAUAGUCACUUGAAAACCUUUUUAUGUCCGCCUAAAUAAUAAUUUGUUUUUUUACAAGUUUUUAAAUAAGCAUUGAGUAAAGUUACAGAUGUGCCAAAGGAUUGAGGCCCACCUAUGUAGGCUAUAGCUAUUGUAAGUUCUCCAUAAAUGUAAAUGUACAAAAUUUCCUUGAGUCUUUAUUGUAUAGCAUAAUACAGAAACACUGGGUUAACAUUUGUGAAGUGGUUAAAAUGAGAAGUUAUUUUUUCACUUUUAUAUAUAUAUAGUUAUAUAUCUCUCUAUAUAUAUCAGCACUUUAAAGAGACAGUUAAUGUGAAAUUUAGUCAAUUUAUAAACUAAUUAAAAGUAGCAUCAGACACUAUACCUAUCCAAGUCCUUCUGCCAGUUGUUGUGAUUGUACAGUCCCAUUUUCCUGUUUAGUUGGUUGUUGCUGUGUGAAAGGUCCACUGGAACAGUGAUAGUGACCAUACAAAGUACAGUCAGAUGCACAAAAUAAAAUGGCAUUAUUUAAUCUUUAGUUAUUGUAAUCUUAGAUAUUAUAACAGUAGAUACAUUCAGACAGAAGUGAGUUUUUUCAGAUGACUGUGUUCCUUUCAUAGUUUUUAGGUAAAAUUGUCUGGAAACAUUAAUUUGACAUUAAAUGUUUAUAUACUUCCAAAA